CCGCCAGCGGAGGUUCUGGGCGCCCUCUGACUGUGUUUUGGAAGUAAUGGCACUACCCGUGGCCUGGACCCAGGUGGCCUUGCUUGAUGAGCGUCCCCACCAGGUCUGACUGCCCUGGUGGCCAGAGAUUCUAAGCUGCAGCCAAUAUGAUGGGUGAUGACACCGAGUUGAGGACUGAUGGAAACUCCCUUUUGAAGGCUGUGUGGCUGGGGAGGCUCCGGCUGACUAGACUCCUCCUGGAAGGAGGAGCUUAUAUCAAUGAGAGCAAUGACAAAGGUGAAACGGCUCUCAUGGUGGCCUGCAUCACCAAACAUGUGGACCAGCAAAGUAUCAGCAAGUCCAAGAUGGUGAAGUACCUGUUGGACAAUAGGGCAGACCCUAAUAUCCAGGAUAAGUCUGGAAAGACUGCUCUCAUCCACGCUUGCAUCAGAAGAGCUGGGGGAGAAGUGGUCUCUUUAUUACUGGAGAACGGAGCUGACCCCAGCCUUGAGGAUCGCACUGGUGCUUCGGCUCUGGUUUAUGCGAUAAAUGCAGAUGACAAGGACGCAUUGAAACAUCUCCUUGAUGCCUGCAAAGCCAAAGGGAAGGAAGUGAUUAUUAUAACAACAGAUAAAUCAUCUUCAGGCAUGAAAACCACUAAACAGUAUCUUAAUGUCCCUCCUUCACCCAAAGUGGAAGACAGACAGUCGCCUCCACUGUGUGCGUCUCCUUCCGACAUUGAAUUGAAGGCUCCAGGCCUGAGUUCUCCACCAAGUGAAAAGGAUGAUGACUUCUUCAAUCUCCAAACAGGACACCCAAGUGGCUGUAACACCUCUAAGAUUCUCAAUGAGCCUGGGUCACCCACGAGGAAAGUCAGUAACCUUUCCGCCAGGAAAGUUGGGGCCCGUUUGCCCCAACUGAAGAGGCUCCAGUCUGAACCCUGGGGCCUGAUUGCACCAUCUGUGCUGGCAGCCUCCUCACGUCAGGAUGAGACCCAUGGCGCCAGCACAGACAGUGAAGUCAUCAGGAACAUCAGUGACGUGUCUUUCCCUAAAAGGGGACCCCUCUCUAGAACCAACAGCAUUGAUGGCAAAGACCCCGCCCUCUUCCCCACCGUCCCAGAGCCGGUUCUGAAGGUUCCAGCCUCUUCGGCACCAGCAUCCUGGAAAGCAGCCUAUGAGAAAGGCCAGGCUCCCCACCCACGUCUGGCCAGAAGAGGAGCUCUCCCUGUAGACCAAGAGAAAGGUGGUAUGUACCCAUCAGGACCCUCUGCUCUCAAAGAGCCGGCAUCCCUCAAACGGCUGGAAAAUGACCUCUAUGACUUAGAGAUACAACCAGGGGCUGACCCACCCAACUCCAUUUCCCUUGAACCAGGCAAAGGGCCCUUAGAUAGAAAGAAGCUCAACAGCUCCCACUCUCUUUUCCAUGGCUCUCGGGAGUCCCUGGAUGCUGUGCCCACCACAUCCCCCAGCUCUGUGCGUCGCAGGCCCCCGCAUCUUCUAGAAAGACGAGGUUCUGGAACUCUACUGCUAGACCGCAUCGCUCACACUCGACCUGGCUUUCUUCCACCUUUAAAUGUGAAUCUGAACCCACCUAUCCCUGAUAUUAGACCUAAUAGUAAACCUUCUUCCCCACUUGCUAGUGGCUUAAAAUCUAUGGUUCCUGUUGCUCCAAGUUCACCAAAGAGAGUUGACAUGAGAAGUAAAAAGAAGCUCCUCAGAAGGCAUUCUAUGCAAAUUGAACAGAUGAAGCAGCUGUCCGACUUUGAAGAAAUCAUGACCUAGAACCUUUCAGGAAGGUUUCCCCUCACCUCUAAAUCUAUAUAGUUUAAAGAAGGGACCAAAAUCUAGACCAACAUAGCA